CUGAUGGUGUCUGGUGAGGUCCAAACCUCCUUCGUUUUCCCUCUGUUUCUCCCCGCCUCCUCCGCGGGAGCCGAGCGCCAAACUCAAAACUCUGUCAGGACCCGCACGUCUUUCAGGCUACUACCGAGGACCGGCCUGUUUGGCUUUUCCGUACAGCGGCCGGGGCAGGGAUCCAACAUGAGCCAAGUUCUGUUCCAGCAACUAGUUCCGCUGCAGAUGAAAUGCAAAGACUGCGAGGAAAGGAGAAUAAAUGUUAGAGUAAGCAUUGAACUGCAAUCAGUUUCUAAUCCAGUUCAUAGAAAGGAUUUGGUUAUUCGUCUGACUGAUGAUACAGAUCCAUUUUUUCUGUAUAAUCUUAUUAUAUCUGAGGAAGAUUUUCAAAGUUUAAAAUUCCAGCAAGGUCUUCUGGUAGACUUCUUAGCUUUCCCACAAAAAUUUAUAGAUCUCCUUCAACAGUGUACUCAAGAACAUGUUAAAGAAAUUCCAAGGUUUUUGCUACAGUUAAUUUCUCCAGCAGCUAUUUUGGAUAAUUCACCUGCAUUUUUAAAUGUGAUAGAGACAAAUCCUUUUAAGCAUCUUACACAUCUCUCACUAAAACUCUUACCUGGAAAUGAUGUGGAAAUAAAGAAAUUCCUAGCAGGUUGUUUGAAAUGUAGUAAGGAAGAAAUAUUAUCAUUGACACAAUCACUAGAUGAUGUUACUAGACAACUGAACUUGACACAAAAGACAUUAUCAGAAAAAAUACAAGAAUUAGAAAAGUUACGGAAUGAAUGGGAAUCACACACAGCAUCAUUGACAAAUAAGCAUUCUCAAGAACUGACGAAUGAGAAGGAAAAGGCUUUACAGGUACAGGUUCAAUAUCAACAGCAGCAUGAACAACAGAAAAAAGAUUUAGAAAUCCUCCAUCAACGAAAUAUCCACCAGCUACAGAACAGAUUGUCAGAGUUAGAGGCACUUAAUAAAGACCUAACUGAAAGGAAAUAUAAAGGAGACUCCAAUAUUAGAGAACUUAAAGCAAAACUUUCUGGUGUUGAAGAGGAGCUGCAACGAACUAAGCAAGAAGUCCUCUCUUUGCAAAGAGAGAAUUCUACAUUAGAUGCUGAAUGCCAUGAGAAAGAAAAGCAUAUUAAUCAGCUACAAACAAAAGUGGCAGUUUUAGAACAAGAAAUCAAGGAUAAAGAUCAACUUGUUUUAAGAACAAAAGAAGCAUUUGAUACAAUCCAGGAACAAAAGGUGGCUUUAGAAGAAAGUGGUGAGAAGAAUCAGGUACAACUGGGAAAACUUGAAACUACGAUAAAAUCAUUAUCAGCAGAACUUCUGAAGGCAAAUGAAAUUAUCAAGAAGUUACAGGGGGAUUUGAAAACCCUAAUGGGCAAAUUGAAACUGAAGAAUACAGUUACUGUUCAGCAAGAAAAACUCUUGGCUGAGAAGGAGGAAAAAUUACAAAAGGAACAAAAGGAACUACAAGAUGUUGGACAGUCUCUUCGAGUUAAGGAGCAAGAGGUAUGCAAAUUACAAGAACAAUUAGAGGCUACAGUUCAAAAACUUGAGGAAAGCAAACAGCUUUUAAAAAAUAAUGAAAAGUUAAUCACAUGGUUAAAUAAAGAACUAAAUGAAAAUCAGCUAGUAAGAAAGCAAGAUGUGUUGGGACCUUCUACCACUCCUCCUGCACAUUCCAGCAACAACACAAUCAGAAGUGGAAUUUCUCCUAACCUGAAUGUGGUUGAUAGUAGGCUGACUUACCCAAGCUGUGGGAUUCCUUAUCCUGUCUCCUCUGCAUUUGCAUUCCAGAAUACUUUUCCUCAUCUGUUAUCUACCAAAAAUACCAUCCACCCAGUUUCAGGACCAAAGGUUCAGUUUAACUUGCAGUUUACAAAACCAAAUAUAUCACUAGGAGAUGUUCAGUCAGGAGCAACUGUUAAUGUGCCUUGCUCAACUGAUAAGGAAAAUGGUGAAAAUUUAGGAUUGGAAUCUAAAUACUUGAAGAAAAGAGAAGAUAGCAUUCCUUUACGUGGACUAAGCCAGAAUCUGUUUAGUAAUUCAGAUCAUCAGAAAGAUGGCAGUCUAGGAGUGAUGCAGACAUCUUCCAAACCUGCAGUGCUCCCCUCUACAUCUUCAGCCUAUUUUCCUGGGCAGUUACCAAACAGUUAAUUCUAGCAUUGUCUUUUUACUUUCUAUUGACAUUUCAGAAACUCAGGUGUUUUAAAAAUAUCCUAACAGGCAGAAGUCAAAUCCUAACCAGGCAAGUUUCAGAUUUUACUUGAGCUAUCUACCAUUAGACUAUUUAGAUCCUUAAUUCUACUACUGGAUUUACAGCACACAGUUAAAAAAGAAAUAAAUUUGUAUUCAGGGAUUGGUAAAGAUGCUGAGUAAAAGAUAUUUUGGUCUGUAAACAUGUUGUUUUACAAAAUAACAGGAUGAAUUUUAAACUAAUUAUUAGAUUUCAGUUCUAAGGGGAGAGAUGAUCCUUAUAGAGGAUAUUCUAAUCAUUUAGAAGGUCUGAGUAAAUUGCAGCCUGCACAAGAAAAUAAUACUAUGAAAGAAACCAAAGAAUGCUAAUAAUUCAGUUUAUUGUUUUCAUUGAUAAAAUGUUUUAAGUUUGCCACCUGAGGAUUAUGAGGAAAAAUGAUUUUCUCUUAAGAUUAUCUCUAUUAUUGAUAUUGACAUUAAGGGAAAAGUCCUAAAGCUACCUUGAGUGAGUGAAAUGAAUUAAACCUUCAUAGCAAGCAAAUAUGAGUAUUUUUUCUUGUAACAUUUAAGUUAGCAGUUAAGUCUGUUAAAUAACUUUUGAUGUGCUUAUUAGGCCAGGUGUGGUGGCACAUGCCUGCAUUCCCAGCUACUCCGGAGGCUGAGGCAGGAAGAUCACAAGUUCGAGGCCAGCAUGGGCAAUUUGGUGAGACCCUGUGUCAAAAAAAAAAUAAAAGGGCUAGGAAGUAGCUUGGUGGCAAAAGGCUUGCCUAUGCAUAAGGCUCUGGGUUUAAUCCCCAGCACAUUAGAAAAAUAAAUAAUUUGGAUAAUAUUUUUACAUGACCAAAUUAGUAUAUGGUGCUUUAUGCUGGAGCUGAAACAUUUAUAGGAUUUUAGUGUUUUCUGUAAGUUUAUACCCAUCCUAUUCUUCUCCUUAAUUGGGAGUUUUAUUGUUAUGCAGUUAAAUCUGUAUCAGUGGGAUUUGGUUUCAAUAGCUCCAUACAAAAUCUUUACUAGAAGUGCAUCAUGGAUAUUCAUUGUCCUUGUUUCUAAAAUACCAAAACAUGGGUUCCUUUUAAUGUUUACUUGACAAAGUAGACAAAACUGUUAAAACUUUCUUCUCUUCCCCAUUACUAAAAGUUUCAGGUUAAGAACAAUUCCUAUGGAAAAAAAUUAGGUGAUUAAAAAAAAUUCACCCAGGAUCAUAGGGCCCAUUAUCUUCUUGUUGACAACCAUCCAAUACAGAGUACAUUCUCAAAAAUAAUCUAAAUUUGUUUGCAAAUUUUGAAACUCAUUGCUUGUGAUAGUUUAAAAAUUAUUUUCAAGUUCUUUUUUACACAACUGAGCAAAGAGACAUUUUAAAAUAAUGACAUACCUAUAUCACUGGGUUCAUAAGUAUUGUUGCUAAAUAUUUUAAAAAUACGUAUACUUUGAAAUUGCUGGCAAUUGUCUUUAAGUCAGGGAUCUAAACAGAAUAUUGAGUAACUAGUAUUAGGUAGCAACUUUUUUCUCCCUCUAUUAGAUAUACUAUAUUAGUAAGAAUACUCAAGUUACAAUAACUUGAAAGCACUUAUUAUUCUGGAAAGAAGUCUUUUGGUAACAUAGGAAUCUGCUUUGUUGUAAAUACUAUGUAAUAUAUAUAAAAAACCACUGUGACAGGGUUUGGAUGGAAUAUAUGACCCACAGGUAGCGUUUGUUUUUUAAUAUGUCUUUUUCCAUAUACAUAAAUUGAAAUUGAAUUUCUAAGAUAGGAUAGAGAUCAUUCUGACAUUAACUUACUAAAGACUUGUUUGUAUUAAAUGUAUAUAUGUAGA